GUUGUUUAUUCCUUGGAGAACAGUUAUAUUGAAUUGAUUAUAUGUUUUAGAAUUGAUGGUGAUCUAUUUUUAAGCUCAUAAUCAGCUGGAAUAUGCUGGAAUUUAGUCUAAUUGUGAUAUGAGAUUUCUGUGCAUUUAACUGUGGUAUCAGUUAAGGCAUAACUGUCUAACUGUAUCAUCUUUGCGUUGGUAGACUUCUUUGUUAGAUUGUUCAAAUACUCGAACUUAAAAGCUCAAGCUAUGGCUCGAAAACGCAAGCUCAAAUCGAGCCAAUCGAACUGAGUUCGAGCAAUAUGAAAAUUAGUGAGCCAACCUCAAGUUACAAUUUUAAAAUUUGAUUGAACUCGAGUUUGAGCCACUAUAUAUUUAUUGAACUUGAGCUUGAGCGAACCCAAAUUCGAGCUAUGCUCGGCUCGUUUGCAGCCCUAGAUACAAUAAUUGAAUCUCUCUUAUGAAUUUCCAUCCACUUCAAAUUGAUUCCCUUUCCUGCUUCCCCACAUUCCUUAAUUCGCUCAAAUCCUCAAACCAACACUUGCAUUUAUACAAAUACAUAUCAGAUCUCAAAUUCAUUCAGAUAAAUCUUGGCAAUUCUGGUGGCAGUUUUGUUCAAGAAACCUCCGCUAUUCCUGCAGCUGUACGAGGAAAAGCCGAAACCCUAGGGUUCUUCAAUUUAAGUCUACAGGAUGGGAGAUGGGUUGAAGAAUUUUGACGUAGAGAAGCUCAUGUUGUGGAGCAACGACCUCGUUGAGGUCUUGAAGGAUGGCGAAGAUGUCAAUUCUUUGAAGCAGCUAUUGGAGCAAUCUAACUCCCUUCAAUCUCAGUGCAAUACUGAUUUUAACGACACCCAGAGGUCCAUUGAAGAUUAUGAAAAGAAGGUAGAUAUGUGCAAACGUAAAACCCUGGAAGCAAAAUCUGAAGCUUCUUCAACUGAUGCUGAAAUAGAAUCACUACAGAAAGAUCUUGAAGAGGAGUUUCAAAGAGAAAGCCUGUUAAGAGAAGAGCUAAGGGUUAUUUCAGAAGAAAUGAAUGAUUUAGAGCGUCAAAGAUUCUCCAUUGGAGAACAAAGGAAAUCCCUUAAGCAACUUGAGCGAGAUGACUCAAGAGCAGAGAGGAUGUUAUCAUUGUUUGCUUCGGCUACAAAUAUUAUACCAAGCUUGGAUGAUCAAUCAAAGAUAUCUGGCUGUAUCCUUAUUGAAAAAUUAAUGUUUAUUUAUUUUUCCUUUCUCUCUUGCCAUGUGGAUGUACUCAUUCACCAUCUGCUGCAACUGGAUAGUCCUUCACUCAACACAGAUAUCGUUCAGAGAGAUAAAAAUGUGGUUGAAGAUUUUGACUUUGGUCCAAAAGAUAUGUCCGAGUUUGAAACGUGUAACUGCGUUUGGAAGAUGAUAAACUUGGACACAUUAUAGUUUUUUGAGCACAAUUGUCUAAUGUUGUGUAUAUGUAUGUUUAAAUUGCGAAUACAAUUAUGAUUUCUUUUGCAAUCUUGUGUGUAGCUGUCCCUUUGUGAUACUUCUUGCGGAAGUACAGAACUGCUCUAUAACUUGAUAUGAAUUUGGAAUCUAUUUAUCUUCA